CUCAAAGCGAAAGAACUACACGGAGGUCCAACGCCGUAGUCGCGAUUUGUGCCAAUUUUAGUUCAGUUAUAUAGCUUAUCGUUUGAGAUAUCGACGCUGAAAAUAAAGGCAUGACUUUAUCAACGGCCGGCUGGGCUCUGCAGCUUUUGGGGAUCGCGUACGCCGUGUUCGUUCUAUCAGAGGGUGUGACACUGACCCUCACCCCUGACCAGGGCACUACUCUCAACAUCAGCCAGAGUUCAGAGCGCAGCAGGGGGUCAAAGUGUACGGUAUGCACCGGUACAGGCUUGAAGAAGUCCUGCUCCAGGGCUGGAAGUGAUUAUGUGGUGCUGCUGACAGACCCCAAAGCUGCUGUGAACAUGGUGUUCACCUGCACCAAACCAGAGGAAGUCUUUACUGUGGAGGUGGUCAGGGAAAUAGAUUGUACCACAAAGUCCUGUAAUGGGGACAUCACCCCCAUUGAGUCUAGAACCGGUACGCUUCCACUCCAGAACUUCAACCGUACCUUUAUCUGGAACCUGAAGGCCCCGGUUCCACGGGCGUUCCAUUUGGACUUCACCCAGAUGGGGCUGAGACAGAUCCUGCCCUCUGAGAGAUGUCCAGACCAGCACACGUAUACCCUGCUAGCCCUCCAGAGGACAGGGGAGGCUGCCAUCGGGACGUACUGCAGGAAUGGCAGCGUCUCUGGGGCUCAGGUCUUGAACCAGGGCAGGCUCUCUCUGGAGGUCACUGGAGGACGGGAACUGAACCCCACCAUGUUCAACGUGUCUGUUGGAGAGGAAAUCAAAUCACUUGCUGUCCUCAAAGUGACUUUACCGGAAGGGACGUCAUCUUCGGAGUUGCUCUCUCCAAACUACCCGAAUAGUUUCCCUGACGAUGACCUGAUGGAGUGGAAGUUUGUGGUCCCUCCCAAACACAACGCUACGGUUGUCUUCCUGGGUCAGACCCAGCCGCAGUGCCUGAAGAAGGAGCCGGCUGUGGAGUAUCACUACGGUAACGGGCGGUUCGCGGUGGUGAAGAAGCUGUCGGACCCCCAGCCGGCCCAACGUCGGGACUCCUUCUCCCUGAUACUAAGGAACUGUGAGAUGAACAGGAUCGGGGACGGCUCCACUGGUCUCUCCCUCCACUUCAAGGUUUCAGCCAAGAGGAGGAGUCUUCCAGUGUUGUGCAACGUGGACCUGAGGAAAGAGCGGGGGCUUUCCCUCUAUAUUGAGAAGACUAACCUCAUGUCUGACUGUGAGCUGAAGCUGAACUCUGUCAUCCAGAAGAAAAUCACUGUUCCCUCAGGGAAGAUCUCUCAGCUGUCCUUCCAGGACUGCCCAUGUCAGGAGCUGCUACUGACCACCAUCAGAAUCAUAGAGUGCCGUCAGUGGAGGGGCUGUCAAGCAGCAGCAGCCCCUGUCCCUCUGACGGUGCCCGUUCUGGAGAGGUGUCUUCCCGCCCCCCUGGGCAGUGUCACCUGGAUCCUCCGUCCCCCUCAGCAUGGCACGGUAGAGCUCCUGCCCACUACUGGCAACCUGAGGCAGUCCCUGCCAGAACAACCCUGCAACGGCUCUAUCACUCUCACCGUGGCCGAGGACGAUGACGGCACCACCGUGGGUCAGUUCUGCCCUCAGGGAGCCAUACACAAAGUCCAGGUCCACACCAACGUGUCCAUCACAGCUUCAGCCUCGACCAUGGGAGGCAAAGAGAGGUGGCCAUUCUCACAUCCUUUACUCAACAUCUCCUUCACCAGGGAGAUUGCAGAGAGAUACAUCUUCACGGUAUACCCAAUGAAAGGAGUACCAACUCUCCUGGCCACCCCUAGUUGGCCUGUGGGAAUGAAGUCCUACUCCACCGUGUCCUGGAUCGUCAAUGUCCCCUCCAAGCUGGAAGCCCACCUCAUGUUCAACAACAUCAGCCAGCCCAAGUGCAGCAACCGCCACACGGGCAUCAGGGUGCAGAUCCUGGGCUCCCUGGAGGAGAUGUACAGCCGGCGGGAGGACGAGGAGGCAGGCAGGAAGAUCACUGUCUCAGAGAGCUUCUACCUCAACAUGUCCAACUGUAUGCCUGAGAGAGGAGACUUCAGCAUUCUCACACAGAUCACACUGCACAAGGAUAAGAACCUGCUUCUGACCAGCAUUCUGAGUGCGGUGGCAGCUCUGCUGGUUCUCAUGGUGGUUGUGUUGGCUGUGGUUUGUGUGGUGAUCAAGAAGAAGAAAAGGCAGCUGUCUCACCAAGUGUCCACCUACAACCCCAACGGUACCAGCUUCCUGCCAGGGCACAACGGGAGUUUCCCCAAAUCACGAAAAGACAACGAGUCCCACAUCUACGCCUCGAUCGAGGACACACUUGUAUACAGCCAUCUCCUGCGAGAUGGGGCAGAGAUGGGUGUCUAUGGAGACCCGGCUGUGGAUGUGUACCAGAGCUUUACUGGGCCCACAGAGACUAAGCCCCUCUCUCUGGGGACAGUCUCUGAACAUCCAGAGGUGGGCAUCUACCAGCCUUUUGUGCCCCCAUCCCAUUUUGCCCCACCCGUCCCCAAUAGACCCUUAAGUCAAGCCCAGCAGCCUAUGGUGGACAAUGAGCUGUACGGCUCCAGAAGCAAUGGUGACACCCCUGCACAGUCUCAACCGAACAAUAUGAACACAGAGCAGGCUCCAACGGUGGAGCCAGAGGCUCAUGACUGAAAGGGAGUGGACUGUAGGUUGGGGGUAUAUGCCAAGCACAGUACCAUAGCCCUUCUAUUCAUAGCAUACACAGUACCAGUCAAAAGUUUGGACACACCUACUCAAUCAAAGGUUUUUCUUUAUUUUUUACUAUUUUCUACAUUGUAUAAUAACAGUGAA